AUGAUGCAUAUUCUCAUACUUCUUGCUGCGUUUGCGAGCUACACCAGUGCCAAAAUUUCUUGUAAGAAUAUGGAAGGAGAUGACGUUGACUGGUUUGCCGCAAUAAAACUACCAAGCAACGUUGAUGAUACGAAAGGGUACAGCUUUGUUUACUAUGAUUCGACGCAGAGUGGGUGGGUGAAAAGUUCCAAACUAAUCAACAGCACUGAAUCUGCGAUUGGAGGAACUGUUAAUCAAAUAUAUCAGAAAGAUAAGGAAUUUGGAAAGACGGUCAGAAUCGCAUACAACGACGACUGUCCAGUUUUCAAAUUAGGACAUGGGCGUGGACACAGCAAAGGAGUGGUGCUAUUCGAUAAAGAGACAGGAUUCUGGAUGGUGCAUAGUGUACCGAGAUUCCCACCCCCAGAGAAGUAUGACUACCCGGAAAGCGGGACCAAAUUUGCUCAGUCAUUCCUCUGCCUUUCCCUUGAUGCAAACUACCUUGAGGACAUUAGCCGUUACAUGAAAUUUGCACAGGUUACCCCAUUUAUCAAGAGGCUGGCUACCUACUUUAAUGUGCUAGCGCCGUCACUUCUAGACGUGAUUGGUAUGAAUUCACUCACUCGAAAGGACACUAUGUUCACUAUUUCCCCAACAAUUCAAACACUUGGCGGCAAAAAAAUUCUGACAUUCUCAAAGCAUAAGAGAUUUAGACAUGAUCUUUGGCACGACUUUAUUGCACCUAAUCUCAAGACCGAGAUGGCUGUAGAAACGUGGAGAAAUGGAGGUGCUAAGGACGUUGGAACACAGUGCGGACCAGGAACAAAUGUGUACGAUAUCAACAGCGUAAAGAUUCUCAACAUGACAUACAGCAGUUCCAAGGACCACUCAAAGUGGGGUGUAUCCAUGAAUCCAGACGCUCCCUAUGUAUGCAUCGGUGAUGUGAAUAGACAGGAGUCACAAUUCAAACGUGGUGGAGGCGCUGUGUGCAUCGAAGACAGAAAACUCUGGCGAACAUUUUACAACUCUGUUGGCUCCUAUGAAGAUUGUAAUGCACAAUCCAAAAUAGCUACGAAAUACUAA